AUGAGCGAAAACUGCUCUUCCGACGACCCCCUCGCUCGCUUUUCCACGAUCCAGAUAACGGAAGAGGAUAUCCGCCUGCGAUAUGAGCAUCUUCCCAAGUUGACGGGGAUCUACCUACCAGAGCGCUUACAGAGCUUUCCUCGUACACAGUACGAGGAGAACUUCGGUCACCCCUGGUACCUCUACGAGGAAGGGGAGUACGAAUGGAAGAUGCGUUGGGCGGCUCGUGCCGCAAGCCGCGGGUGGUUGCGUGCCAUCAAACGCGGCGAUAUCACCUACGCAAUCCCUCCUCGAUAUCGCCAUCCAGCUCCAGAGGGACAAGACCGCCAAUUCCUUCUCCAGGAGAGUCUGAGCCUUGCGGUAGCCGACAAGGCUCUGGAGAUUCUAGCAACACCUCGCUUCGAGGAAUGGGUCGAAUGCGACAUGGGUCGGAACACGGUGUCGCGAUGGGCGACAAACUUCCAUCAUUUCCCUAACGAGCCCUGGAUUGACGGUACGCGGGGGUUUGGGGAGGAAAUCGCUGCGCACGCACUGAACACCGUCUACGAAAUGAUUCUCGACAGUGCGGAUACGAUCGAGUUCGACGGCCCGUCCUUCCCCAUGUCCUUCUGCGAGAAGUGGUUCCCCGCCCGCGAAGACGUACUCCCUGAGCGCUUCACGGUCGUUCUUCCUCCGGAUGUUGACGGUGACGACGACUUCCAUUCCGCGGACGUGGAUCAUCUGGAAGAGUUGCUUCAGGAGCGCUUCAUUGAUGUUAAUGGAGACGACAUCUCUCUGGAGCCUCCUCUUCGCCCGGAGCCCCCGUCUCUCGGCGAGUACCUCGAGGCAAAGGCAAAGCUGGAGGCAUCCAUGAAGGAGAAUGAUCAAACGGACGAGAUUGGAGGUCUCGACACUUCUCCCGCUGAGAUAGGCCUCUUCCCGGAACCCGCCUGCUCCGCUGCUGCGGUGGAUCAGGAAUUCGAAGGAGGAAAAGAGGCGGAAGAGGAUGUGUGA